AUGAAGAUUUUGAAGAAGUGUGCUGAGGACGAGAGAGCGGAGAAAGAGCGGUAUCGUCAGUUAGCGAACCAAUGCAAGAAGAUCCAAGAGACGGAGAGAUUGAGUGAAGAAAAGGAUGAAAAGAUUGCAGCGUUGGAGAAAUCCGUCGAAAAGUAUCGUGAAAAGUACCAAAAAGCACGCGAAGCAAAACAGCGAUUGCAGGAACGUGAACCACGCCACAUGCUCAACAAAAGGAUUGGCUGUCUUCCGAAAUACAUCGGCCGCUCAAACUUCGAAGACAUCCUCCCCGUUUGUCACAAAGGUGUCGACUUACGCUCCUAUCUCGAUGCAAAAAUGUUGUAUGUUCCCGGCCGUCUGACAUGGUGUACAGCAUCGAAGCACCACGCUCUCGCCUUUGGACCCAUGUUCGCGGUAGAUUCGGAGAAAAUGAUAUGGAAAGAAAAUUCCGUUUUCAACUCUUUAUACGGUCAAACUGUUGAAUUGUUCUAUAACUGCAAAGACCUCAUAUACUACGGUGGUCAAUACAAAUGUCACAACAAUCGGCAAAACAACCCAGACGGCGAUCUCGUCCAAAAAGAAACGUCAGCCUUCGAACUGGCAGAUGUUACGAUCACGGUCAACUCAGGCCCGGGAAAGCAAGAGGCUCUAAGGAAAAUGAUUUUUCACCUAUACAUUGGAGGCAUCCUCAAGACGGAGAUCUUGGGCCUCCAGUGCGUUGGGUUCGACGAUGAGCUCUACAACACACUUGUGAAGCGAUUCAACAUGAAUAACCCGUCGUUGAAGCGCGGAGGAUCACAUCGGUUGGACUCUGACAGAAAGGUCAAGAGAGCGAAAGCAGGUGGUAAAUUUUAA